UGGGCUGAGGGGACCGGGCUGAGCGGUUCGGACUGAGGAAAAUAGAGCCGGGUCGGGCUGAGGCAAAGCAGAACCCGGACCGGGCUGAGGGGACCGAGCUGAGGCAAAGCAGACCCGGGCUGGGCUGAGGGGACUGGGCUGAGCGGUUCGGGCUGAGGGAAAUCAGAACCGGGUCGGGGUGAGGGAAAUUAGAGCAGGGUCGGGGUGAGGGAAAACAGAACCGGGUGGGGUGAGGGAAAUCAGAACCGGGUCGGGUGAGGCAGGAUGACGGCCAUCUGCCUGCUGCGCUGUGACCUGCGUGCCCACGAUAACCAGGUGCUCCACUGGGCUCAGAGCAACGCGGAGUUUGUGGUUCCCCUCUACUGCUUCGACCCGCGGCACUACCUGGGCACCCACUGCUACGGCUUCCCCAAAACAGGGCCCCAUCGGCUCAGGUUUUUGCUGGAAAGUGUGAAGGACCUGAGAGAAACGCUCAAGAGGAAAGGAAGUACCUUGGUUGUGAGGAAGGGGAAACCAGAAGAUGUGGUCCAUGAUCUGAUUACUCAGUUGGGCUCUGUCAGUGCUGUGGCUUUCCAUGAAGAGGCCACGCAGGAGGAGCUGGAUGUGGAGAAGGGAGUGUCCCAGGUGUGCAAGCAGCACGGGGUGAGGACUCGGACAUUUUGGGCAGCCACCCUUUAUCAUCGGGAUGACCUUCCCUUCAGGCCCAUUGUCAGGUUGCCAGAUGUCUUCACCCAGUUCAGAAAAGUGGUGGAAUCUCAGGUGAAGGUCCGGCCAACCCUGCAGAUGGCAGAUCACCUGAAGCCUCUGCCUCCAGGGCUGGAAGAAGGGUGUAUCCCUACAAUGGAGGAUUUGGGGCAGAAGGAUCCUGUGACUGAUCCAAGAACAGCCUUCCCCUGCAGUGGAGGAGAGACCCAGGCUUUAAUGAGGCUGCAGUAUUAUUUUUGGGACACGAACCUGGUUGCAUCUUACAAGGAGACUCGGAAUGGUUUGGUGGGAAUGGAUUACUCAACCAAAUUUGCACCAUGGCUGGCACUGGGCUGCAUUUCACCUCGGUACAUCUAUGAGCAGAUCCAGAAGUAUGAAAAAGAGAGAACAGCAAAUGAGAGCACAUACUGGGUCCUGUUUGAGCUGCUGUGGAGGGAUUACUUCCGAUUUGUGGCCCUGAAGUAUGGCAAUAGGAUUUUCUCAUUAAGAGGGCUUCAAAAUAAAUACAUUCCCUGGAAGAAGGACCUUCAGCUCUUUGACUGUUGGAAAGAGGGGAACACGGGGGUUCCUUUUGUCGAUGCCAACAUGAGAGAGCUCUCUGCGAGUGGCUUCAUGUCCAACAGAGGGCGGCAGAACGUUGCCAGCUUCCUGACCAAGGAUCUGGGUCUGGACUGGAGGAUGGGGGCAGAAUGGUUCGAGUACCUGCUGGUGGAUUAUGAUGUUUGCAGCAAUUAUGGGAACUGGCUGUACAGUGCUGGUGUUGGCAACGACCCACGGGAGCACAGGAAGUUUAACAUGGUUAAACAGGGCCUGGAUUAUGAUGGCAAAGGGGAUUACGUGAGGCUGUGGGUCCCAGAACUACAGAGCAUAAAGGGAGCAGAUAUCCACACCCCUUGGGCACUGAACACUGCUGCUCUCUCCCAGGCAGGAGUAACUCUGGGUGAGACCUACCCACAGCCUGUUGUGACAGCUCCAGAGUGGAGCAGACACAUCAACCAGAAGCCUCAGGGCAGAAGUCCUCAUCCCAGGGGCAAGAGGGGACCUGCACACACACCAAGGCAGCACAGGGACAGAGGGAUAGAUUUUUAUUUCUCUCACAAGAAGGAUCUGUGAUGGAGGCUGGAGAAGUGCUCUCACUGCUGAAGAUGCCAGGAGAGUUGUUAAACUCUUUGAAUGAAGGCAACAAUAGAAGUCUGGACACAGAAAAGUUAAUUAGGGCCCUGCCUUGUCAGUGUUCCCAGGAUGAGGAGCUGGAUGUGGAUAUUUGGAGGCUUUGUCUUAGCAUGGAUUGUGGUGAUUAUUGCAUCCUUUGGUUUUACUUUGGUGCUUAGGGCAGGUGCUGUGAGCAGUUUGCAUUUUGCUGCCUUCCAGUGCUGAGGGGCUGGAUCCCAUGGGCAGUUUUAUCACUCUCAACUCUGGAAAGUCCUUUGGUUGAAAGGGGCUGGCUAAUUCAUAAUAAUUAACCAAAAUGCCACGGCCUUUCUGUUAGGAGGGGGUGUGGCUGAUUUUCCAGUGCCUCUUGCUUUCCAGUGGUGCCUACAGCUGUCACAGCUUCAUUUCUACCUCUUCACAAGCCAGAGCAGAUGGUUUAUGUGGCAAGUGUGCAGUCAGAACUCUCUAGUGAACUUCCUCAUGCUAAUUUUUCAUGUUUUAAAGCAUUAAAACUACCAAUCACUGUGUAAUUAAAAGUUUUGCUA